AAAGGUUGAGAAGGGGAGCCUCCGUUUGCUUGGCUUCUGCCUCUUGUUGGCUUCGACACGUUGAUCCCUCCCUCCAUACCUCCCGAGUUAACUCGGUCUCCAGGAAUCGCCCGGCGCUUCGAACCGACGAAGCGAAUCAUCGGAAGAGAGGAGAGGAGAGGAGACCGCCCGAGACUGCGAUUGGAUCUCGCCGCUGGCGAUCAUGGCGUCGAACCACCCACCGGAGAACGGCGUCGACGGGGACGACGAGAGGGAGGAAGACGACGACGCCGAGGAGGAAGAAGAUGAGGAGGAGCGGGAGGACGAGGAGGGGGAGCCGAGGCUCAAGUACCAGCGCCUAGGAGGCAGCGUGCCGUCCCUCCUCUCCAACGACGCCGCGGCCUCCAUCGCCGUUGCCGAGCGUAUGAUCGCCCUCGGCACCCAUGACGGCACCGUCCAUAUCCUCGAUUUCCAGGGCAAUCAGGUUAAAGAAUAUGCUGCUCAUACAGCCACUGUGAAUGAUAUUAGUUUUGAUUCAGAAGGUGAAUAUGUUGGUAGCUGUUCAGAUGAUGGAUCUGUGGUGGUAAAUGGCCUCUUCACUGAUGAAAGAUUAAAAUUUGAGUAUCAUCGCCCCAUGAAAACCAUAGCUCUAGAUCCCGACUUUUCACGUAAACCCUCAAGGAGAUUUGUUACAGGCGGUUUGGCUGGUCAACUUUUUUUGAACCUGAAAAAUUGGCUAGGAUAUGGUAAACAGGUUCUUCAUGAUGGUGAAGGUCCAAUACAUGCUGUUAAAUGGAGAACAAAUCUCAUUGCUUGGGCUAAUGAUGCAGGGGUGAAAAUCUAUGACAUGGCAAACAAUCAACGUAUCUCAUUUAUUGAGAGGCCACGAGGGAGCCCACGACCUGAGCUUUUACUUCCCCACUUGGUUUGGCAGGAUGACACUCUCUUGGUUGUUGGCUGGGGAACAUGUGUGAAAAUUGCAGCAAUUAAGACCAACCCAUCUAAUGGAGCAAAUGGGCUACAAAGGACAAUCUCCAUAUCUAGUGCAAAGUACGUGGAUAUUGUGGCAUCUUUUCAGACUAGCUACUAUAUAUCUGGUAUUGCUCCUUUUGGUGAUACUCUAGUUGUACUCGCUUACAUUCCGGAGGAGAAUGCAGAAAAGGACUUUAGAAGUACUGUGCCAUCCCGUCAGGGAACUGCACAGAGACCUGAAAUACGAAUAGUCACAUGGAAAAAUGAUGAGCUAACAACUGAUGCUUUGCCCGUCCAUGGUUAUGAGCAUUAUAAAGCAAAGGACUAUUCCCUUGCACAUGCUCCAUUCUCAGGAAGCAGCUAUGCAGGAGGUCAGUGGGCUGCUGGUGAUGAACCAUUGUACUAUAUAGUAUCACCCAAGGAUGUUGUAAUUGCAAGACCUAGAGAUGCUGAAGAUCAUAUUUCUUGGCUUCUUCAACAUGGUUGGCAUGAAAAAGCUUUAGCUGCAGUUGAAGCAGGUCAAGGACGAACUGAGCUUCUUGAUGAGGUGGGUUCAAGAUACCUUGACCAUUUAAUUAUCGAAAGGAAGUAUGCAGAGGCUGCAUCUUUGUGUCCUAAAUUACUUCGAAGUUCUGCUUCAGCAUGGGAAAGAUGGGUUUUCCACUUUGCUCAUCUUCGCCAGCUUCCUGUUUUGGUUCCUUAUAUGCCUAUUGAAAAUCCACAACUGAGUGAUACUGCUUAUGAGGUUGCACUUGUUUCAUUAGCUACCAAUCCAUCUUUUCACAAGCUUCUAUUAUCAACAAUCAAAUCGUGGCCAAAUACACUGUAUUCUUCAAUGCCUGUUAUCUCUGCAAUUGAACCUCAGCUUAAUACAUCAUCCAUGACUGAUUUUCUAAAGGAGGCAUUAGCUGAAUUGUACAUUAUUAAUACUCAAUAUGAGAAGGCUUUUGUGUUAUACGCUGAUUUGAUGAAGCCCGAGAUAUUCGACUUCAUUGAAAAACAUAGUCUACACGAUGCAAUACAUGACAAGGUUGUAGAAUUGAUGACACUGGACAGUAAAAGAGCUGUACAACUCUUGAUCCUACACAGGGAUUUUAUCCCACCAUCUGAAGUUGUUGGACAACUUAUAGGAGCUAGUAAAAAGUGUGAUGAGAAAUAUUUGUUGCAUUUGUACUUGCAUUCACUGUUUGAGAUCGAUCCACAAGCUGGGAAAGAGUUUCAUGAUUUGCAGGUUGACCUUUAUGCAGAAUAUGAACCGAAGAUGCUACUCCCAUUUCUUCGCAGCAGUCAGCACUAUAGACUAGACAAGGCAUACGAAAUCUGUGUGAAAAAAGAUCUUGUUAGAGAGCAAGUAUUCAUUCUUGGAAGGAUGGGAAAUGUGAAACAAGCUCUUGCAGUCAUCAUCAACAAGUUGGAGGAUAUGGAGGAGGCUGUAGAAUUUGUUACUAUGCAGCAUGAUGAUGAUUUAUGGGAGGAAUUGAUCAAGCAAUGUCUCCGUAAGCCUGAAAUGAUAGGAAUGUUACUGGAGCACACAGUUGGUAACCUUGAUCCCUUGUAUAUUGUCAAAAAGGUUCCGGAUGGAUUAGAGAUCCCAAGGUUAAGGGAUCGUCUUGUGAAAAUCAUAACUGAUUAUCGAACAGAAACCUCUCUGAGACAUGGAUGCAAUGAUAUCCUAAAGACCGACUGUGUGAACCUUUUGGUCAAGUAUUACAACGAAGCUCGGCGUGCGGUCCACUUGGGAAUCGAAGAAGAAGGAAACAGGAAGAAGGAAGACGAUACAGCUUUUGGCCAGAAAGUUGAAAGAGCAUCAAGCAGCAUAAAGACGAUGGAACUCAAGUCCAAAACUAGGGGGGGCGGCCGAUGUUGCCUGUGCUUCGAUCCAUUUUACAUUCAGAACCUCUCUGUUGUUGUCUUCUUCUGUUGCCAUGCAUACCAUAUCUCCUGCCUUAUCGGUGCCUCGGAUUCCAUGAACGAAGCAAGUAAUGCAUCCGAUAGCGACGAUGACAGUGAGAACGACGAUACCCAGCCGAGCAGGUCCGGAAUGUGUUGCGUGUUGUGCACUACGGCUGGUAGAUGAGUGUAUUAGGCAGCGGAAGAGUGUUUUCUUUGUGGUGAGCUUAUGCUUUUUCAAGUGAGCAUGUGUAAUUUUUAUGCCUAAUUGGCAAAUGUGUUUUGUAGGUUAAUAAUCACUAUCUUUCUAAUUUGACCUCUUCCACAGCUGUUUCACCUCAUUA